AUGGCUUCAAGAAUCGACGAUCUGGCCAAAGUGGAUGCCUCCAAAGAAACCUGGACAAUUGUUGCGAAAGUCAAUCAUCUAUGGCUAAGUCCGAGCUUAUAUGGCUCAAAGCUACCCUUUUCAAUGGACAUGAUACUUAUGGAAGACAAGGGCUGCAAAAUUCAUGCUACCGUUAGGAAGACUUUGAUUUAUAGAUUUCAGUCUUUGCUAGCUGAAGGAAAAGUAUACCAGAUUUCCUACUUUGGUGUUGGCGAAAGCGGUUGUGAUUUUCGCCCAACCGAGCAUCCAUUCAAGAUCAACUUUGAUAUUCAGACUUCUGUACGACUGCUACCUAACAAGGCUAUCAACAUAACAUCGUACUCUUUCGUUCCACUUGCUGACAUAAUGUAUAAGGAACUUGAUACAUCAUUCCUUAUCGAUGUAAUUGGAAUUCUCACGGGAGCAAGCAAGUGGAGAACAAGAGUUCGAAAAGGAUGGGUUUGGGUUGAAUGUGCUUUUUUCGGGAAAUAUGUUUCUGAAGUCAUUGGUUAUCUUUCGUCUGUUGAUGCAACCAAUGCUAUCGUGGUAAGACUAGCGUCUAAAAUGUUUAUGGUGCUACUAGGGUUCUUUUUUUUUACAGGUUUUUGGAGUCAAAUGAUCCUACAGCACAAAUUAUUAGUCCGCUUCAAGACUCUGCAAAAAAAAAUAUCCCUUGAAGAAGAUUUUCUGAAAAAGAGUGAUGGGAAAAUCAUCGAGCAACUCAAAGAUCUUGCUGAAAAAUCAUUUUGUGUUGAACAACAUGAUGAAAUCAAACAGUACCUUACUCCAUGUGAAGCCGCAUGGAGAACAUUCAAAUAUGAUAUUCAUAACAUAUGGCCUCCAGUGUUGCGAUUAGGAUUUCAUCUUCCAAACCAACAAAGUGUUUUAUUCAAGGAAAAUGACGAUUUAGAAGUUGUGAUGGAAAGAUCAACUAAUAAGGGCACUCAAUUCUUGGCUUGGAUGGACGCCAACAAGAAGUACCAGGAGGGGAGAAAUCUCACAUAUGCCUAA